AUGUUGCGACCGUAUAUUGAAAGCUCAGACGCCAUGUUCCCAGCGCGGGACAAGCCUGAAGGGUACGACUUUGGAGCUCCCGAUGAAGCUGAAGUUAUGGUGGACCAUAUCAAGGCGCAUCGGUGGACAACCACAGGCAAAGUCGAAUUUGAGGUAAGCUGGAAUGACGGCGAUGUAACAUGGGAGCCGUUCCAGGCAGUAAAGCUGCUCAUUGCGCUAGAUGACUAUUUUGCACUGCAUGGAGUCAAUUCUUGGCGCAAAUUGUCGAAGGCUGGAAAGAAGCAAGGGGGAGCAACCGAAAAGAAGCACUAG